CGAAAAACUUGGAUUCAAUCUCUAAGGUGGAGUAGCAGUGGUAGUUUUGUUUUGUGUUGGAAUUUUUAUUUUCUUUUAAAUUAAGAUUAUUUAAAAGCGUGUUAGUUAUGCCUAGAGAUAUCAGGGACCCUCUUGUGGUUGGUAGGAUUAUAGGAGAUGUUUUGGACCCUUUUACAAGGUCGGUCUCUCUUAAAGUGUUUUAUGGUAAUAGUAGAGAGGUCAACAAUGGUUGUGAACUUAAACCUUCCCAAAUUGUCAACCAACCUCGAGUCGACAUUGGUGGGGAUGACCUAAGAACCUUCUACACUUUGGUUAUGGUCGAUCCGGAUGCUCCUAGCCCCAGUAACCCCAAUCUAAGGGAGUACCUGCAUUGGUUGGUGACCGAUAUUCCUGGAACUACCGGGCCAAGCUUCGGACAAGAGGUUGUGUGCUACGAGAGCCCAAGGCCGACGGCGGGGAUUCAUAGGUAUGUGUUUGUGUUGUUCCGGCAAUUGGGAAGGCAAACUGUGUUCGCGCCGGGGUGGCGUCAGAACUUCAACACCAAAGACUUUGCUGAGCUUUAUAACCUUGGUUUGCCUGUUGCUGCCCUUUAUUACAACUGCCAAAGGGAGACUGGCUCUGGGGGCAGGAGGCCCACAUAGAUCAUACAUCUCAUCCAAUCCCAUCCCAUCCCAUCCCAUCAUCAAUAAUAUACGUAUAUGUAUACAUAUAUUGAAAAACAAAAACAAAAAUAAAAGCAUAUAUAUAUAUUAGAUCUAAUAUUUAUAUAUAUAUAUGAUGACUCUGAAUGAUCGGCUUUUUAUUGAUUAAAGUUAUUUAAUAAGCUAGCUUUAUAUAAUAGAAUAAGAUGGGAAGAAAUAGUAUGUGUCUGUGUUUGUAUACUGUAAUGUUUGUAUCUUUAUAUUGUACGUAACUCAGCUGGUACGUAUAAAUAUAUACUUACCUUGCUAAUUAUAUAUACGUAAUAUGAGAUACAUUGGAAUAGUACUCAACUCUUAUUACAUA